GGGGCGGAGGCGGGCAGGCUCCGUGCGGGUCUGCACGCGCCGCAGCCGACGCCUGCUCGCGCGCCGCACGUAGGCGCCGCUUAAAGAGGCAACGCGGUGUGGACGCCGCUGCCGGGCGAGCUGCGGCUCGCGGGCCCCAGCGGGCGGAGCCAGCGCCCCUUUAAGAGACCGGCGCCCGGUGCCGGUGGUUUUAUUUACAUGGGGGCUCGCGGGCGUCACGUGACUGUCAGCGGCGGGGGCUGCGCGCGGAGCAGCCGCGGGGCCAUGGCGGGAGCCGGCGACGACGGCUCCUGGGUGGAGCUGCGCUGUGGCCCAGGCUGCCCCGAGCCCGAGGCGGCGCCCUCGCCGUUCUCCUGCCACGCCGACGUGGAGCGGAUGCUGCUGGAGGCCCAGCUGGAGACAGAGAGCAGUGACGGGGCCCUGCUCGUGCUGGGCUCCCCAGCCUGGGAUGACAACGGAGCCGGCCAUGGGAGUGAUCAGCCAGGGGAGAGUGAGGUGCUGCCUGCUCACAGCCAGCCCCAGCCCGGCUGCCCCCACCCCCGGCAGCGGGAUGUGCCACAGGAAGCCAAGUGGAGGCAGCGACGCCUGAGAGCGUCCCUGGGCUGGGCCUGUACCCGCUGCCCUCGGUACCUGUCUCCAGAGGAACUUGCCUUUGUGUGCUCCCCCCAGCCAGUGCUGUGGAGCCUGCAGGGAGGUGCAGUGGGGAGGAAGAAGAGACUUUUCAGUUCAGAGCUGCUGCUGCUCUUCAUCCCCUCGCUCUUGCUCAGCCACCUGCUGACCCUGGGGCUGGGCAGGUGCACUGGUCUGCCACCAUCUCCCGUUGCUCCUGGCCUGCUGGGGCCCAGCACCCUGUACCAGUGCCUCACAGCCACUCUCUCCAAUCCAGGAUCUACAUUGGGAAGCGGCUGGCAGCCUCCUCAGCCAACCCUCUGUGAGGAGCUGGGCAGGCAGCACCUUCUGCUCCGCUGGGAACGCAGGGAGAGCCCGGCAGCAGCAGCCUGACCGCUCCCAGGCCCCGUGUCUGUCUGUCUGUCUGUCCCUCAGCCCUGCCCCGGGAGCUGAUCCCACUGUCCCCGUAGAACGGAACCUGCUGAUGGCAGCUCCCAGCUGCAGGCAGCCCCUGCCCUCCCCAGCCCCUGGUUACAGCUCCAGGUCCCCCUGUAACAGACUGUAAAUACAACUGAGCCCACCUCAAUAAAGAGCUCUGUGCCAGCUCA